AUGCUCACAUUUGAGGCGCGGACAUAUCUUUGCCCAACUUGGUACUUGCAGGAUUAUGACCUGGACGUAUACCUGCAGCAGUCGUGGUACGACCCCCGGCUGAGCUUGCUCCGCUUCGGCAUCAACGAAACGGUCAUGCUGAGUGGCGAGGCCAUCACGGCGCUCAUCUGGAAACCCGACCUGUACUUCGUCAACGCCAAGCGGGCCACUGUCCACGACGUCACGGCGCCAAACGAGUUAGUCCAGAUAACUCCUGGCGGCUACGUUCUCUACGGGGUGAGGGUGCGCCUGAAGCUCUCCUGCCUUAUGUAUUUUCAUCUAUUUCCGCUGGACAGACAAAAGUGCUUUAUUGUUAUUAGACCAUAUGCACAAAGAAACGAUCAAACAAGAAUUUCAUGGGCGCGCGACAAGUCCGUUUCUCUGGAGUUUGAGAUACAAAUGGAGGAAUUCGAUCUAGUUGGCUUCUACACAGGAGAAUUUAUUGAGCGACGACAAAUAGGCACAUUCAGCACCCUGAACGUGACGUUCCUUCUGCACCGUCGAAUCGAGUUCCACCUGAUACAAAGCUACUUCCCCACCUGCCUGGCUGUGUUCAUCUCGUGGGUGCCCUUCUACAUCACCAUGCAGCUGCCACAAAUACGCGUGAUGAUCGGUUGCACCACGUUGCUGACCGUGGUCUCAAUCAUGGCGUCAGUUCGCACAGUCGCUCCUCGGGUCACGUACGUGAAGGCCAUCGACGUGUGGGCCACCCUGUGCAUCAUUUUUAUCUUUGCCGAGCUGGCAGAGACCACGCUUGUCAACUAUCUCAUACGCAUGAAACUCAGGCCUCACGUCAUGCGAAGAGUGGACUUCGGCAUCGCCAAUCUUCUGCAUUAUGCUCGGCACGGCUACCCGACGGAUGACUUCCUGCUGAAACUGGACGCUCAGAGCAAGCUGGAACUGCACCGGAACCAGAAGAGGGCCGAGGCCAUCGACAGAGCCAGCCGUUACAUGUUCCCGCUCUGUUUUGCAUUCUUAAACCUCGUGUACUGGUUAUAUUAUACAGACCAGCGAUACGAGCGUUUCUACAUCAGUGCCAAGUAGAGGCAUCCUGAUAACUCCGUAAAUCUAAGCACCGCAGCAGGUUAAUGUACUGUUAUGUACGA